UUCUGCCUCCGCCCAAUCCUCCCCCGCGUCCCCGCCGGCGACUGGUUCUGUCCCUCCUGCACCACCUCUCCCAAAUCCGGCACCGUCAUCCAGACCAAGAUGCCCAAACAAUUCCCUCUGAUCCAGACGAAGAUCGUUGACUUCUUCAAGAUCCAGCGGGGCCCGGCGGCGGCGGCGGCGGCCGCGGCGACGGAGGGGAAGAAGAGGAAGCGGAAGGCGCUGGUGGUGUCCAAGAAGAGGAGCAGGAAGCUGCUGCCCUUCACCCCCAGCGACGACCCCGCGCGGCGCCUCACGCAGAUGGCGUCGCUCGCCACGGCGCUCACGGCCACCGGCGCCGUCUUCAGCAACGACCUCACCUACGUCCCCGGCAUGGCGCCCCGCGCCGCCAACAGCGCCGCCCUCGAAGCCGGAGGGAUGCAGGUGCUGCCGAGGGAGGACGUGGAGACCUUGAGUCUGUGCAAGAGGAUGAUGGAGCGGGGGGAAUGGCCUCCUCUCCUCGUCGUCUUCGAUCCGGUGGAAGGGUCAGUACAAUCGGUUCAAUUACCUACUGAUUUAUCUACCACCUUGUUCUAUUCUAUCUGUGUACUGAAUUUCCUGCGGAAAUCCCUGGACAGGUUCACGGUGGAGGCAGACAGGUGCAUCAAGGACCUGACCAUCAUCACCGAGUACGUUGGCGACGUCGACUACCUGCGGAACCGCGAGCACGAUGAUGGAGACAGCAUGAUGACCCUGCUCUCCGCCUCGCCGCCAUCCAAGAGCCUCGUCGUCUGCCCCGACAAGCGGAGCAACAUCGCACGCUACAUCAACGGGAUCAACAACCACACGCCGGAGGGCAGGAAGAAGCAGAACCUCAAGUGCGUGCGGUAUGCCGUCGACGGCGAGUGCCGCGUGCUCCUGGUGGCGAACCGGGACAUCUCCAAGGGGGAGAGGCUGUACUAUGAUUACAAUGGGUCUGAGCAUGAGUACCCAACCCACCAUUUUGUAUGACAUGACAUGAGCAUGAUGGUUAACCUGCUGCAUAUUCGUUUAUAGGAAAAUGGUUCUGCUGAUACAUCCCCAAGAAUCAGUUAGUGCACUCACCUAAUUUGUAGAUUUGGAUUGCCUUUAACCCUAGAAUUGGUAUAAGGGAAGUUGUAUUGUCAAACAUUGUGUAACAAUUAGAGUGGUAUUGGAGGAAUGUAAUGUCAAAUGGGGUUUUCUGUUUCAUCUUUGUUGUCUCUGU